CUUCACAUUGCAAGCAAAACCUCUUCGCAUAAACUCUGCUAACAGGGGAAGUCACAGGGGAAGCUUACGGCAAUCUCCUGGAGCGAACUUCAAACUGAACCACAGGUUAUUAACAUCCUGCAGCAAGUCAUCACUUCAGCCUAAAGGUUUGUGGAAGAAAUAAACUCUACAUGAAAACUGAAUGUAAUUAAGUCUUACAUUCAGGACCCUGAUGAGUGAUACACAGGGAGAAGUAGAAGAUGGUGAACUUCACAGAGAAUACUACUGAGAAAUGCAAUAUUAAUCAUGAUAUCCACGAGACAUUAUCCCCUGUGGUGUACAUAUUUGUGUUUGUAUUAGGCUUGCCAGCUAACUGCCUGUCACUGUACUAUGGGUAUUUACAGAUCAAGGCUAAAAAUGAAUUAGGCAUCUACCUUUGCAAUUUGACUAUAGCAGACCUGCUGUAUAUAUUUUCUUUGCCUUUUUGGCUUCAGUAUGCUUUACAGCAUGACAACUGGACCUACGAUGAGCUGCUGUGCAAAGUUUGUGGCAUCAUCCUGUAUGAGAAUAUCUACAUCAGCGUGGGCUUCCUGUGCUGCAUCUCCAUCGACCGCUACCUGGCCGUGGUGCACCCCUUUCGGUUUCAGCGCUUUCGGACCAUGAAGGCUGCUGCCAUUGUCAGCAUCAUUAUCUGGGCCAAAGAAAUUAUGACAUGCUGCUUUGUCUUCACACACGGGGAGAUCAGUAUGGAUGCUGAGAGCCACCUGGUGUGCUUUGAGCAUUACCCCAUCAAGAAAUGGGAGCACAAUGUCAAUUACUACCGCUUCUCUGCUGGCUUCCUUUUCCCCUUCUUUCUGCUGGCCUUCUCCUACUGUGGGAUUUUACGAGUUGUCCACAAGAGUCCUGGCACUCAAAAGAAGAAGAAAAUCCAAAUUAAAAGACUGGUAUCAAGCACUGUUUUCAUAUUUUUAGUCUGCUUUGGACCAUACCACAUCCUACUUGUAGUUCGUAGCUUGUUGGAGAACAGCUGCUCAUUUGCUGAGAAGAUAUUUAAUGUUUACCAUAUUUCUCUCCUGUUAACUACUUUUAACUGUGUUGCUGAUCCAGUAUUGUACUGUUUUUCCAGUGAAAGCACUUACCAGAACUUUGUCAAGAUGAGAGACUCUUGUCUAACAUGUUUAGGCCAUCUGAGUACUGAGACGAAGGAAUCCUAUCCACUAAACACUACUGAAACUCCCAACAGAAAACAGCAUGAACAACAACCAGGGUUAUUACAAAUACCACUUGAUGGUGCUGGAAUGAAGGACUGCUUCACAACUAAUGUAGGAAGCCUAUAGCAUUAAUCAAAAGGACCUUAAUCCUACACCUGCAGCUAUGGCUGUGUUUAUGUAUCUGUCUGAAUUAUUCAUGUAUUACAACAGUGUGACCUCCCAAAGGCUUAUGAGCAAUGCUGUACACUGAAGCUGUUUCUAGAGGUGCUUGAAAACUGGCAAUAGUGAGGAAAGUAUGUGCUAAGUCAGUUCAGUUAUAAUCAGGUAUCUGUUGUGCUACCACUUAAAACCUGUUUGUCUUAAUGACUGCACGGACUGGAAUAAGCCAGUACUCACAGCGUGUAGUUCUGGUGAACUCAUCUUUAGCAGCUUUCUGUUUGCCCCUGUAGCAUCUAGAGAAAGUAAUUCUCUACAAGCUGUCAUCAUCUGUUGAAAAGGUCAGAGACAAAAAAAUUACAUAUCCCCAUAUAUAAUUUUAAAAAGAAAAAGCCCAGCAAAAUGCUUCUGCAACAUCUCUGUAACUCUCUGAAAAAACUUCUCCUCCUGCAAGUUUCAAAGCCUGCAGAGACCAUGCCAGAACCAGAUCCCUAAAACAAUCAAUCUGAUAGUGCAAGACAUUAUGGGAGAACAUGCACAAGGAACUCAGCACCUGCUGAGACCUUCAGGCUGUUAUUCACUGCUGAGUCUCAGACUGUGAAACGUCAUUGUAAGGCUCCUAGAGACUUCUGGAAGUAUGAGACUCUGGGCUCCAGUGGGUGUCAAUAACUUGGUUUCUUGACUUGGAAGAGAACAAGAGGUUGGUAGUACAUGAGGCACUUUGAUUCCAUGUGCUUCUCUGAGUCACUGCGUUUAAGAAUAUUUAUUUACAUCUAAAAUCUACUACACCUCGCUAAGCUUUUGAUUGUGUCCUUUGCAAUUUGUGUAUCUUGUGCAGCAUAGACCAUGCAGGCAAUUAAAUAACAAUGCAUUUAUCAGGGAAACUGUUGAAAGAAUUCUGUUUAAACCUUGUUUUUGCCCACAGAUAAUACAGUUUAGGGUUUGGUCACUGUUCAGUAAAUACAGUAUCAGAAGUAUGAUGUAUGAAUGAUCUGUGUCCUGGUUUAGACAGAAACAAAAUAUAGGAGUAAGUGGAGAAUAAUGGCUUUUAAAGACUUGGGAGUUGUGCUCCACAGUAUUGUAUCUACCACCACCUCCCCUCUAGGUUUCUUUGGUUUUUUUUUGUUACACUAAUGAAUUCUGUGUGAUUCUUCUUUGCAAUCUGCUCAUCACACCUCCUUUUACCUGUAGCUGUUGCACCAUGAAUAUUGCCUUGUCCUUUCAGUUCUCUGGUUUCAGACCUUCCUUGAAACACCUCUCUCUCUGCAACCUGGAGCUGAUAACUUCCAGCAGUAUAAUCAGUUUUGUUGCUUUGGUUUGCUUUUGAGUCAAAAGAUUGUCUAGACAGAUGGUCUACUCCUGUUAUCUGAAUAUGUCAUUGUAACACAGCCUUGCUUGUCAUCAGAUUCCAAAAGGAAUAUAUUCUAACAGUUUUCUGGAAACCACCUUGAGCGUGCAAUAUUGGAUAUAAUUAGUGGAUGUGUUUAAUAAAGAAUAUUUUUAUAAUUUUCUUUUUAUAUUUUUUCACACCAUGUUCGAAAUAACUGUCUUUAGCUUUGGCGCACAGUUUCUAUUUGUGAGACUACAGAUCCUCUCCUCCCUCCACAUGCAGAAAGGAUUCAUGUCCCCAGUCCCAAGAGGGAAUUAGGUUUGCUUAGGUUAACAUUUGGUUUGUUUAAUUACUUUACAUUUCUUUAUACUUUGACCACUCAGCUGGAUUAAUUACCUUACAUCUGCAUUUUUUUCUCCUGACUAUUAGCACUGUUUGGCCUUAUUUUCUCCUAAUCUUUCAUCUCAUCUGCUGUGUAUUCCAAGGGGUGUAAGGCAGGGACUCCCUCCCGACUGCUGGAGUGCUGAGCUUGUACAUUGUUAAGCACCAACUCCUUGGACCUCCACGACCUUUCAGGCUGCAAGACACACGUGGUUUGUUCUAGGAUUAAAUAUUUGUUGUUGUGUUUAUGUGUUGCUUCUUUACAGUUCCCCAUGCUGUUUAAAUUAGACAGCUGGAAUGCAGAGCAUGCUGUACUACAUGGAAUUGUCAUCAGAGGGAUUAAGGCUCAUUCGAGAUGGA